AUGUCCACAGACGCGACGCUCGAUACAACGGAUCGGAUAUUUAGCGAUCUAAAUGAGAUUGAGCGAGCACUCUGUUCGGCACACUUUGGCAAGAACUUGAAACACGAUACUCCCUUCACGGCCCUCAGAGAAAGGUUUUCACGGCUGUCCGCUCUGGUUUCCAUCCAACAAGUUCUCCAGGGUACGGCGCGGGAAAUACGGCGCGGGAAAUACGGCGCGGGAAAUACGGCGUGGGAAAUCAGGAAGCAUGACGAGGCCGUCUUUGGCCAGGACCUCCGACCCAAGAUUACCAAGUUUCUAGAUGCCGCAUUCGGCGAGGGCGACCCUAGGCUGGAGAAAAUAGUCCCGGAGAUUUUAAGGCUGCAGGAGCUCCCGCAACGCUGGAUAUUUGCAGAGGGGACACAACUUGCUCUAGCGAGCCGAGCCGAAGUCGAAAACAUGUCGGCCUUCCAGAAGGAGUUCCCUGAAGAGUAUCGGAAUCAAUUCCAACCAGGAUCCUCGGGCGGGACAGAGAAGCAACUCGAUAAAGACUCGGCUGGGAAGGCGAGUCAAACGGUCAAAUUGCGGAUCAAUAAUAGUAACGAUCAAGACUUCUGUGCCGCCACCGUCGACUUUGAGGGACAUAAUGCAAUAGUUGCGAUAUAUGACCAGUGGCUUACAACCAAGCGGCGUGACUUGAUGGUAGUUGUGGCAGCCGCGCUGCAACUAGCAGCCCCUACCGCGGCAAGCUUUUACAUCUACAUCGGCAACAACAUCGGAAUCGGCAAAGAGAACAGGUUCUGGUUCUCCCGCGGGCGGCCCAGCUGCGACGCCGUCGUUCUGCCCAACUCGUCCUACCCGCUGGCGAAAUCCAUUAGCGGCGCCGCGCAGGGCGUCGCGUGCGAGGGCCACCUCUACGAGUCCCGCUGGACUUGCGAAGGCACCAACUGCCACCAGACAGACCCGCAGGAUAUCGACAAGGUCGAGAUGAAUACGGGUUUUGGGCACUAUAGUAUUUACAUCACGCCUGACAAGAAUGACAUCCAGGUCCAUGCCACAGCCUCGUGUCUGUCCAUAACGAAGAAGCUGUACAACCUGCGAGAAAGAUUUAAGGAUGCGCCCAUGGCCGUUGUGUUAAUCUGCUCCGAAUCAGACGUCAUCGCGGCCUCACUUACCCAAACCCAAAGUCUCCUCUUGCAAAGAGAGGACUUUACAAAUGUGUGGCAGUCCCGAACUGAGCUGCCUGCGGUUCUCGAUUGUGUCCUGACGGGCUGCCUCGCCGUAUUCAGCUCUCUUGAGAUCGAAAUCCAACGCAUAAUGGUGGGCGUAUCGAAUCCCAAUAACAUGCCGUGGCUAUCCAAGCUUCUCCAAAUAAAUACCCUCGCCGAGAUUAAACAAAUAUUGAUCCAAAAGCAGGACGUGGUUCGGGCCUCUAUCAGCACCACCAAGUCGCUUCGCUCGGCGAAUCCCAGCAUCAGAGUGAGCAAGUCCAUCUACGACGGCAAUGCAGACUAUUCCCCUCUUAUCUCUGACUCUGAUCCUGGCGAUGACACCAUAUCCGCGAUUGCCCCAUCUGAUCUCAAUUUCGACUUUGACGACCUGGUCAUCAACAGCCAUGUCUACCGAAAGGCGGCUGCCAACGCCCAGCCCCGAACUCCAACAAUACCUCAGCCAGAGCUCGGGGACUUGAUUGAUUGGACCGACGGUACUGCAAUCAGGAAAACUCCCGAUGCAGCCGAAGCGUUGCCUUUGACGUUGCUCGAUCUCCUAUCCCUGGUUGUCCACGAGCCCCCCAUCCAGCGCGUUACUUGCCACGCCCCUGGUCGCGUUCGAGUCUUUGGCGAAAACGAACCGCAUUUCAGAGGCAAGCGUACAGCUUUCUUUUGCGCCUGCCAUAACUACACACUCGAGUACUGGACCUACAAAUCAAACGGACAGAAAGUGGCUAGACGGAAGCCUCGGGGGCUGAGCUCGAUCACGGCCUAUUGCUUCCGCUAUUACAGGGUCGCGAUAAGUUACGAGCCCACGUUAGCGCCGCUAUUACAGAGUCGCGAUAAGUUACGAGCCCACGUUAGCGCCGCUCUCUCCGUCUUGGCGAGGGACUUCUAG